GACGAAACAGAGAUCUUUCGCGUUCAGUCGAGGCGAGUGCGAUAGCAUAUCGUGUACGACGACAAGUGCGCGUGUGUUCUUCGCCGAUAUACGCGCGGUCGCCGUCGAAACGUUCAAUUGGCCGUAAUCUGUGUUUGUUAUUUAAAUUGCCCCAUAAGCAAAGUAAACAGCGUGUUAAAGUCCGUCUUCUCACACAAUCCCAACUUCUUAAGAAUACUCGAAAGCGGCCCGCCGGAAUUCGAAAACAACGAAAAAAAUUUUUAAAAUUAACACAAUCGAAAAAUAACAAAAAAAAAGUAAUUGAAAGAUGAAAUUUAAAAAAAGAGAAACCCAAGACGGUUUAACUUCCCUUUAAAAAGUGCCGCCGUUGAUUAUCGUUCGCGAAAAUCGAAAGUGAAAUUGAGUACACUUUUUUGUUUUGGACGGAACAAAACAGGAUCAAAAAAAAACAAAAAAUAAUUUAGUGGACUUUCUACGAAAGUGCGGAUGCGUGUUUUAAUGUUUGCGUGCCAAUCCGUAUUUUUGCUUGUGAUGUAAACAAAUACUUGUUGGGUAUAUACCACUUAGGGAUUUCCUUAAAAAACAAACCCCCCACCGUGUGAUGUCAGUGCUUACUUUUUGAUUUAUCGCCAAAAAAUCAACUGAAAGUAACAAGUCCAGAAGAACGCGCCAGUUCUCACAUCAUUCUUGCGCUACGUCAGAUUUUACUACACAUGGUGAUCCUGGAGAAUUCUUAAGCGCGGGGGCCGGUCAUGCGCCUGGGCCCGGCCCUGCUGGUCGCGCUGCUUCCACUUCUAGCUUGGGCUGACCCGACGACCAACAACAUCAUCAACAGCCGCGUCGCUCCCGAUGACCACGAGGCGCCAGCGACGACGUCGGCAGUCGCGACGGCUUCCGUCCCGACGCCGUGCUGUAGCUCCACUGAGCGCACUUCCACAGACGGCGGGGCGACGUCGACGAAUGCGACGCAAGAAGGCGCCACCUACCUCGGAGAAUACCCCGUCGGAAAUAAAAAGAAAAUCUUUCAUAUCGGCUAUUUGCCUGCCGUUCGAGGAAACCUUAAUGAAAGACAGGGAUUGGCUAUUUCUGGGGCGAUUACUUAUGCUUUAGAUCAGAUAAACCGCAACGAAACUUUUCUUCCUAACGUCACGUUGAAAUUAAAAUACCAUGACACAAGAGGUGAUACAAUUGAAUCUGCCAGUGCAAUAUCCAAAAUGAUUUGUGAAGGAGUUGCCGCCUUUUUUGGACCAGAAGCCUCUUGCCACGUGGAAGCCAUUCUAUCUAGAUCAAGAAACAUUCCUAUGUUCAGUUAUAAAUGUUCAGAUGCGCAAGCAUCCGAAGUAGAAACAUUUGCAAGAACUGAACCACCGGAUACUCAGGUCACAAAAUCGGUGCUAUCUCUUCUUUUUUAUUAUAAUUGGAAAAAAUUUACAAUAAUCUAUCAAAAGUCUUGGGAAACGGUCGCUAAGUCACUUAAAAAGGAAGCAUUAGCCAAUAAUAUGACCAUAAAUGAUUAUGAAGUGAUUGAUGAUCAUUGUUGCGAAAAAAUGCUUAAGUGUUGUGAAACUUCGUUCUUCAACGAACUUAUUACGAAAACUCGACAUAGAACUCGCCUAUACGUUUAUCUUGGAGGUACAACAGCUUUACUUCAAAUGAUGACAAUGAUGCAGCAAGCACAAUUAUUUGAUAACGGUGAUUAUAUGGUGAUAUAUGUGGAUGUGAACACUUAUUCUGCUAAAGAAACUUAUAAAUACCUUUGGAGACAUGAUUUUCUUACAAAUGUAGGUACAUGCGAAGAUUUUGAUAAAGAUUUUAGAAAACGAGCACAAUCGUUACUGGUUAUUGUACCUACAGGAAUCUCAGAUGGUUAUGAAAAUUUUACAGCCGCCGUUAGAAAAUACAACUCGAAAGAACCAUUUAACUUUGUUAUACCAGACAUAUUCAACUCCGCUGUGUUUGUUUCGAUUUAUGCGGCGUAUUUGUAUGAUUCUGUAAUGUUGUACGCGAGAGCAUUGCACGAAUUGCUGCAAAAUGAAUCAAAUUUGGAUGAUGAAAAAAUUGAUGAAAUUGGAAAAGACGGUAUGAAGAUUAUUAAAAAGGUUAUCAGUUUCGAAUCGUACCCCAGUAUUUCAGGAGUGACUGUGAGAAUUGAUAACAAUGGCGAUUCGGAAGGAAACUUUUCCCUUUUGGCUUUGACCGAAUUAUUUGACGAUGAUAUCUCUUUGUCCAGAACUCUUAAUUGUUCAUGGCAAAUGCGCCCGGUAGCAAUAUUCAAGGGAAAUGCUAAUGGAAUACCACAAUACCAGCUGACAAAAACGAAACCUAUUCUUUGGUUGAAAGGUAAAGUGCCUCCGCAUGAACCAAGUUGCGGUUUUAACAAUGAACUGUGCGCGAAGAAAAGCGAUAGCUUCAAAACAAGCAUUGUGUCGGCUGCUGUGUUAGGUGCGAUGCUUUUCUGCGCUAUAGUCAUUACAGUGAGCAUCUAUCGAAAGUGGAAGAUCGAACAGGAAAUUGAAGGAUUAUUAUGGAAGAUAGAUGCACGCCAAUUAUCUGGAUAUUACGAUCCUGUUGGGUCUCCUAGUCGUACUAGUAUAGGAAGCAUUAGUAUGACUUCGUUUGGAAGUAGGGCUGGUGUUCAACCAUUUGCAACGACAGUUUUAUUAAAAGGGGUAACCGUGCGGAUUAAAAAACUAUCCUUUUCGAGGAACAUAACGUUUUCAAGGGAUGAUAUGAAGAAAAUGCGAUUAUUAAGGGAGCUUCGACACGAUAACGUUAAUUCGUUUAUAGGAGCCUGUAUCGACACUACGUCAAUUUUACUAGUCACUGACUAUUGCGCCAAAGGAAGUUUAUAUGAUAUUAUAGAAAAUGAUGACAUUGAACUGGACAGGAUGUUUAUUGCUUCGCUUGCCCACGAUCUCAUUAAGGGCAUGUUGUAUCUACACAAUUCUGUGUUAGAAGUACACGGUAACUUAAAAUCCUCGAAUUGUGUCGUAACUAGUCGUUGGGUUUUACAAGUUACUGAUUUCGGGUUAGCAGAAUUAAGACAACUUUCGGAAAGUGAUGUUGGGAGUAUAGGUGAUCAUCAACAUUAUAGAGCUUUAUUUUGGAAAGCACCAGAAUUAUUAAGACAUCCCAAUGCGUAUAUACAUGGUACACAAAAAGGUGAUAUUUACGCGUUUGCAAUUAUCCUUUAUGAAUUAAUUGGAAGAAGGUCUCCGCCGUUUCGUGGCGCUGGCUUGGAGCCAAAAGAAAUUAUAGAUUCAAUAAAACGAAUACCGGGCGAUGAGUAUCCGUUUAGACCAAAUUUAAAACUUUUAGAAGAAAAGGAAUUUGGCGACGAAGAAUAUAUUCUGCAAUGCAUUAAAGAUUGUUGGGCGGAAGAUCCAGAUUUGAGGCCUGAUUUUACGCAAAUUCGAAUCAGAUUGAAAAAAAUGAAGGAAGGAAAGAAGAAUAUUAUGGAUCAAAUGAUGGAAAUGAUGGUUACAUACGCGAAUCAUUUAGAGGAUUUAGUACAAGAACGAACUAGAUUGUUAAAUGAGGAGAAAAUGAAAACUGUCGAUUUGCUUCAUAGAAUGUUACCAAAGCCAGUCGCGGAGAAAUUAACUGCUGGUUGCGGUAUAGAACCUGAAUGGUUCGAUAUGGUUACAAUUUAUUUCAGUGAUAUAGUUGGUUUUACUGCAAUGUCAGCUGAAAGCACUCCAUUACAAGUCGUAAACUUUUUAAAUGAUCUCUAUACAGUAUUUGAUAGAAUUAUCAGGGGCUAUGAUGUUUAUAAAGUAGAAACAAUAGGUGAUGCUUACAUGGUGGUUUCAGGCCUUCCAGUUAGAAAUAAUGCAUAUCAUACGGGAGAGAUAGCAUCCAUGGCUCUCGAUCUUUUAUCACACGUGAGAGAUCACAGAAUACCUCAUCGACCUAACGAAACCGUUAAAUUACGCAUUGGAAUCCACACAGGUCCCGUCGUUGCUGGAGUUGUUGGAUUAACAAUGCCUAGGUAUUGCUUAUUUGGAGAUACUGUUAAUACCGCUUCAAGAAUGGAAAGUAAUGGGGAACCUCUUAAGAUACACAUAAGCGUUCAAUGUAAAGAGGCUUUAGAUAAACUGGGGGGUUAUAUUGUUGAAGAACGUGGUUUGGUCAACAUGAAGGGUAAAGGAGCAGUUUUAACUUAUUGGUUAGUUGGUGCGACGGACAAUGCCAUACAAAGAAGGGAAGAACGUGAUCUUGAAGAAUGUCUACCGUUGUUUUGCAAACCAAAACGGGGUAGUCCAAAAUUAAAUAAUGAUUCUAGGCAAGCCUCUUUCUGUGGUGGUUGCGUGGGAUUAAAUAGUCGAAGACAGUCAAGUGUACCUAGAGGGACAAGUGUGGAAGUUGACAGUUGUUCAACACUGCACAAUCCUUCACCGCUCCUAGUAAGAAAUAGAUCGACACGUCAUGUUUUGCACGUUCCGGAUGCUACCUCCAAACAAACAAUAAAUUCCACGUUUGGGAGCCAAGUAAUAGAUGCCAAUGAAUUGGAAACGAAUAGAAGAGGUUUAAGAACGCGAAGAGUUUUAUCGAGUAUAGCAUCAAGUUGUGAUGAGCCAUGCAAAAGCCAAAUAAUACCAAAAGUUCGCGAAUCAAAAUCUUUAGAUAUAUUGCCAGUAAUUAAGAGACCGUUUCUUUUUUCUGGUAGAAGAACGGAUUCGAAACGUAGUACAAAGUCUUUGGAAGAGAGUUGUGAAAAAUGUGGUGAUAUUCAAAUUAUUGCAAUUCCAACCAAUAGGCUUGUAAAUAAUAAUUUUGCUAAUGGUAAUAUGUUCGGUUUGACUGAGCAAAAUACCAGUUCGUUGGAUGAUGUAGAAGAACCAUUAUUAAAUUCCAGAGGAUUGAAUCCAACAAUAGUACAAAGAAAAAGAGUGGGUAGUGGUAUAGAUGAGAUUACUGAUGAAUUGGCGUCAAAACGAUGGAAAUCACUGGAAUCUCUUCGCACGAUAGGCGAACAGAUACCUAGUGAUAGGCCAAGCAAAAAGAAUCCACCUAGACACUCAAUAAAAAGUUGGAUUUUUGGAUUCUUUAACGGAAACGGAAUAAAGGCCAGCAACACAGUUUUAAACGAUUAUAACAGCAUACAAUUAGAAAAGGAAAGCAUUGUUUAAUCAAUCGUACUUUUUUUUAAAUUUUAAAAAUUAAAUGUUUGACGUGUUACAUGAAUAUUUGUCUUUAAUAAUGUACCUUUUGUGUGUAAAUCAAAAUCUAGUGUAUGCAUUUAUAUCGCAACUUGUGUGAUGUUUUGUGCAUUCAAGUCUAGAAUACGUACAGUGAUUCAAAUUUUGAAUAAACUGUAUUUUCAAAAAAAUAAUUUUCAUGUGUUGAUAAAUAGACAAUCACAUUAUGUUUCUUGUCAAAUUAUAUCAACGUUAGUCAUAUCAUUGUCUCGAAAAUGUAUGGUACAAGUUAUAAGAAUAUAACAAUUCGAGUAACAAAAAAAAAUAAUAAAAACUAUAUUGCACAAAACUAUCUUAAUCUAUAUGCAAUGUCAAUGUCUUAUUAUUGUAUCAAUCUUAAUCAAUUUUCAUCUGCUGGUAUCUGAUUAGCAGCAAUGUGAAGAGUUUAUUCAAUCAGUGCUAGCAGAGAGAACCGCGCUGAACAUACGGUUUUUGUUGGAGGGUCAGUGAUUUUGUCGAUUGAAUGGCUGUGAACAUUAUCUCCAUGUAAAUAAAAGAAAAAAAUUCAAAAAAAAAAAGAAAGGAAACUAUCCAAUUUCUUUCACACUUUUUAGAAUACAUGUGCCAUUAACUUAUGUUAGAAAAAAAGAAUUACAUUUUAGAUUUAUAAAUUUUAUCUAUAGUUAAAUCACAUGUAAAUAUUAUUGUCAUUAGAUAAUGUUUGAUAAAUAGACGUAUUUAUUUAUUAAAAAAA